UGUAAAUAUUUUCGAAGAAAUCCGAAGUCAACAAUUGGGGAAAGUUCCAAGGGUACGGUGAACCACAGCUAAUUUAGGUGUAAGUUCGGUCCGAUAAAUAUUCCCUUGGCACCUUCUCCAGCGGCUUCAUGCCGUCACUUCAACUGCGAGCCAUCCCCGAGAGAUCCCACCUUAAACUCCCAUUACCACAAAUUCCCACGAUACAAGAGGAGAAUGCCGCCACCAGCUACCGCUUCUGACCUCAUCUUCUCGGAACAAGCGAAUCAUAACUUCUCCAAGACCCUGGGGGAUAUCAAACGCCACACUCUCUCCAUCCACAACCGCCUCCAGUCGAUCCUCGUCGAUGCCGCUUUCGUUCAAAGCGUGUCGGGGGCAUACUGCCGCCCUCUAGUCGCCAAUGAACGGUGCGGAAGCUGGUAUAUUAACCCAGAGGCCAAAUCAGGGAGCGCAUACUUCAAAAGCACCGAUGGACAUACAGGCGUUUGGAAGUUUAGUACCCGGAGGUUGAACACACAUCUCCUCGAGUUGAUUGGAAAGGGUGAUGGAUGCAUCAUUGUAGAUUCUACUCGGAGAGGAAAGAGAAUGCCCGAUGCCCUGAGCAAGACAAUUCCAAUAUGGUGUAGCGUCAUUAACCGCUCCCUCUUCCCGGACAAGCCGGAAUAUCACAACCUCUACACGCCCCCACAAGCUGUCUCGACCUCUGAGAAUGCCCAAAUAGCUGCACGAUUAGACGACUUCACAGAGUCUUUCGCUAGCCUGGGCAUCAACAUGAAACCGCUCAGAGAGCACAUAUCUAAACCGAUAAGACCGUUAUGGGUAACACCAGAGUCGGCGCUCCCUGUUGAGGAACAAGUGUUCAGCGAUUAUCACCCCGUAAUAUGCUGCACCGCAUCUCGGCGAGUUGCCGGUGGUGAAGUCAGUGAAGGGGGAUACAUUCAAGGCUCUGGGGAUGAUACUGAGAACUGGGCCCAUGGGUUGACUCCUACCGUGUUCUGGCCAAACAGUGAGCUCCUACUUUCCACGUCGGAAUCUGAGCUCCCAAGCUUGAUCACAGAGUUGGUAUCAAGCUCUUCCAACACCAGUACCGGCAAGCCUAGCCCUACCCUUCUACCACCAACUUCUUCUCUUUAUGUCACGUCGUCGACAUCUCUCGCAGCUCAAUCCGCUAGCAGUAGCGAUAUUAUUAUCACAGUUAGCUCCGAAAUUACAGCCCCUGCAAGCUGGCAGAAAGAUAAACAUAGGCUAGAGAUUGGAAUUGGCUCUGGCAAAAUUGGAAGCCGCAACCUACGAUCUGCUUUACCUCAUAUGAUUGACUUCGUCAAGAGGUCACUCUCGACGGCCUCUGCUGAAACCAAGUCUCCCAGGAUUGUGGUGGCAUGUCCCGACGGCAAAGAUCUCUCCAUUGGAGUAGCACUUGCUAUACUUUGCAUUCUGUAUGAUGAGAACGGUGAUUUGUUUGAACUGGGGCAAGAAGGUUCAGGAAUAGACAAAGCCUUUAUUCGGCGGCGCCUAGGAUGGAUCAUGACAGCCAUACCAGAUUCAAACCCAAGUCGCUCGACACUCCAAAGUGUCAAUAGCUAUUUAAUGAUAAGACCAAGUUGAACUGAAAAGUAAAUAAACAUUAUAAAGAUUUACAGCUAUCUGGACUAGACUGAACUGGCAGAAUCCUAGAUCGACCUAUUUCAGCUUCAUCCGGCAGGACAUCCCUACAUAGCCACGCUGCUCU